GUUUGUUUUUCUCUUUUUUUCUCUCAACAAUCAAAAUGUAUCCUGAAGGGCCAAAACCGGAACAUGAUCAGUUCCCACUUCAAGAUACACAAUUCUCGAAUCAACCUCCCGUGCAUCGCUCACCAUUUGAAGACCCUUAUCCAGAGGAUCAGCCUCACUUUGACAAACAACCUCUAUUAACCUCACCUGCUUAUCCUCCAACUCAAUAUCCCACAAGUCCUCCUCCUCCCAAUUUCCCUGGUAGUCCAGCCGUUCAACAACCUUAUCCUCCAUUCAACAAUAAUCCAAGCCCUGUCAGUCCAGGUGGUCCAGCUUACUUCAAUCCUGCUCCACCUUCUCCAAAUAUGCAUUAUGGCCAAGCCCCCAGACGUCAACCUCGCCGUUUCAAGACAACCAGACAAGUCAAAUUGACAAAGGGUAAUCUCGUCUUGGAUUGUCCUGUGCCAACUGCUUAUCUAAAUGAUGUUCCGAUCAAGGAUGGUAAAGAAUUCACACACAUGCGAUAUACAGCAGCAACCUGUGAUCCAAAAGAUUUUGCAACUGAUGGUUAUACACUUCGUCAGCCAAUGUUGGGAAGAAAAACUGAGUUAUUUAUCGUACUCACAAUGUACAACGAAGACGAAGUUUUAUUUGCUCGUACAAUGCAUGGUGUCAUGAAAAAUAUUGCUCACCUCUGUACAAGAGAUCGAUCAAGAACGUGGGGACCUAAUGGCUGGGAAAAGGUAGUUGUGUGUAUCGUGUCUGAUGGUCGUAACAAGAUCAAUCAACGUACGCUUUCCGUUUUGGCUCUCUUGGGUGUAUAUCAAGACGGUAUCGCCAAGAACGUCGUUCACGGUAAACCAGUGACUGCACACAUUUACGAAUACACAACACAGGUAUCAGUUGAUCCAAAUAUGGAAGUGAAAAAGGCAGGCUCAAAGAACGUCGUGCCUUGUCAGAUCCUGUUUUGUCUCAAGGAAAAAAAUCAGAAAAAGAUCAAUUCCCAUCGUUGGUUCUUUCAAGCAUUUGGUCCCGUCAUUGACCCUCAUAUCUGUGUCUUGAUUGACGUCGGUACAAAGCCAGGUGGAACAUCUAUCUAUCAUCUUUGGAAAGCAUUCGAUAUCAAUUCCAACAUCGCUGGUGCCUGUGGUGAAAUUCGUGCCAUGGCUGGUACAGCAGGUGUGGCGCUGUUGAAUCCCCUAGUCGCAGCCCAGAACUUUGAAUACAAGAUGUCUAAUAUUUUGGAUAAGCCUCUUGAAUCUGUCUUUGGUUAUAUUUCUGUCUUGCCUGGUGCCUUCUCAGCUUAUCGUUUCAAGGCGCUUCAGAACGACGUGAACGGACAUGGACCGCUCGAAAAGUAUUUCUUGGGUGAGACACAGCAUGGUGGCGAUGCAGAUAUCUUUACGGCCAACAUGUAUUUGGCUGAAGAUCGUAUCUUAUGUUACGAACUGGUGGCUAAGAAAGAAGCCCAUUGGGUAUUGCACUACGUCUCAAGCUCUUAUGGUGAAACAGAUGUACCUGACAAGGUGGAUGAAUUCAUCUCUCAAAGAAGACGUUGGUUGAACGGUUCCUUCUUUGCAGGUGUUUAUGCUUUAUACCAUUGGCGUAAAGUGUGGCAAUCUGAUCACUCUUACCUUCGUAAGAUGAUGUUUAUGGUCGAAGACAUUUACAACACGUACAACUUGAUCUUCUCAUGGUUCGCCUUGGGUAACUUUUAUCUUACCUUCUUUAUCUUGACAAAGGCUCUCGGUCACGGUGUCGAUGGCUCAACUCUUGCCGAUCCACCCUUUAGCCCAGAUACAGGAGAAACGCUACACACGAUCUUCAAUUACAUCUAUAUUAUUCUUAUUGUCAUUCAAUUCAUUAUGGCCUUAGGUAACCGUCCCCAAGGUUCAAAGAUUGCCUACACUUCUUCCAUGGUUUUCUUUGCCAUCUUGAUGGUCUACAUGAUGUUUGCUGCUAUCUGGAUCACGGUUGUCGGUGUAAAGACGGUAGUCGAGACCUCAGGAGGUCAGUUUAUAGAGAUGCUGGAACAAUCUACAUUUAGAAACAUCAUUAUCUCACUCUGCGCAACCUAUGUCAUGUACUUUGUGUCCAGCUUUAUGUUCCUUGACCCAUGGCACAUGUUUACAAGCUUCAUUCAGUACAUCCUAUUAUCUCCUAGUUAUACAAACGUGCUCAAUAUUUACGCUUUCUGUAAUACACAUGAUGUCUCCUGGGGUACCAAGGGUGAUAACACGGUUGCUACUGAUUUGGGUGUUGUCAAGGCAAAGAAGGACGGUUCAGGUGAUUUGGCAGUUGAAGUUGAAGUGCCAGUUGAAGAAAAGGAUAUCAAUGCUGCAUUUAUUGAUGCUCAAGUCGAAUUAACCAAAAAGAUUGAGCCAGAGAAAUCACACCGUGAUGCCAAGACGAAACAAGAAGAUUAUUACCGCUCUUUCCGUACUCGUCUUGUCUUGGCUUGGAUCAUUUCCAAUCUGGCACUUGUCGUUGCUAUUGCAAACACUACAGUGAUUGAUAUCAAGGGUAAGGCAUCCAUCUAUCUUGGCUUCAUCCUUUGGUCUGUCGCAGGCCUGUCUGUUAUUCGAUUUACUGGUUCAACUCUCUACUUGAUCUUCAAAAUCUUUACUGGUUAAUCAGG